GCCUCAAACUCUCUACUCUUCUGGCUUCAGCAGCUCACAAACGAGAAUGAGGGGCUAAAAGAGGUGAAAAUAUAUAUACAUAAUAUAGACUGAAGAAUUGGAACUAUAGGGUUGCAUGUUUGUCCCCUCUUUGGAAAAGAAGUGUGGUGUUCUGGUGAGAUUCCCACAAGUUACAAGGGAAUAAAGGAGCAUGGGAGUUACAAGGAACUGAUGGAGCAUGGAUUUGCCACCCCUUCCCCAAAGAAUCAAAUCAGACACACUUAAGGGAUUUAUAGCAUAUAUUAAAUAAUAUAAUAAAUAACUGGUACAAAAUUAAAUAUAUAUAUAUAUAUAUAUACAAAAUAAGUGUAAGGAUGCCAAAUGAAAUUUUGUAACCAAAAAUAUUUAUUAUUAGUACAUAAUUAAUGAAUGUAGAAUUCUAUUUUGUGAGAAAGCAAAAAUUCAAAGGUUUAACUGAAAUAAUUACUAAUAAUAUAUUACAAAAAUUAGGGUCUCUACAAUUUGUGUCUAGUUUAGCCUUUAGUAUUGAUGGACAGUUGCUUGCAUCUGGAAGUUUUGAUGGACUUGUUAAAAUCUGGGACAUAAAUUCUGGGAAUCUCAAGUGUGCGCUUGAUGGUCCUAAUGGGGCAUUGAGGUGAGAUUUUAUGACUACUCUUAGUGUUUUUUGUCACAUAGCUAAUGUAUGAAGAUUGAGUAUGAACUAUCUGCCUACACAGUGGGUCACGUGGCAUCCAAAAGGACAUUUGGUCUUGGCUAGUUCGGAGGAUUCCACUGUUUAGACGUGGAAUGCUGACAAAAGUGCCUAUCUUAAUCUGUUUUCAGUCAUGCUAGUAGUGUGACUUGUGGUGAUUUUCACUUGAUGGCACUAUCCUACUUUUGGUGACAACAAAAUAGAAAUUGUAUAUUUAAGGAUUUUCAUUCAGAAGCUAAAUUUUAUCUAUGCCUGUGUGUUUUACUUCCUAGUAACUUUAGGUAAAACAAUUUGUACUGGUUUUAAUGAUGCAACUUUGAGAAUAUGGAACCCAAAAAGUGGUGAAAACAUCAAUGUGGUUAGAGCUAAGGGCCGCCAUUAAGAAGAGUACUGCUAUUUUUGACAAAGAGAAAGCACAUAAGCGAUUGUCAAAGCUAUCUGGCGGUGUUACCAUUUUCAAGGUUAGAAAGGCUGGCAAGGCAGAAGUUGGAGAAAGGAAAGAUCGGGUUACAGAUGCUUUAAAAGCAACAAGAGCAGCUGUGGAAAAGGGAAUUGUUCCAGGUCAGAAAUUGCUUGGAAAGAUGCAAAAUAUGAUCAAAGAAUUCAAGAACUUUGUGCUUCAAGUUUUUUUAUUUUUUAAUAUAUGUAAUCACAGUUAAAAACUUUUUAUUAAUUCUUUUGUAUAUACUUUUAAACAUUUAACUUUUAUUUAUGAAAUA